AUGAGUGCAAAUGAAGGAUCAGAAAAUACAGAUUUAGAGAAAACCUUACAUCAUCUGCUUACUACAGACACACAUCAGGAGCAGGAGCAGGAGCAGGAGCAGGAGCAGGAGCCGGAGCAGGAGCAAGACCAAGACCAAGACCAAGACCAAGACCAAGAACAAGACCAAGACCCAGAAAAGGAACAACAACUGGAGAAAGAAGGUCAGAUACACAAUGUAGCAGAUACUGAUCCUGAAGACUUUGAUGUAAAAUACCCAGAAAUAGAUAAUGAGGAUAUUCAGUGCUCCGAUAUUGGUAUUUUAGAUUCGGACAUAAUGCAGGGAAAGCAUUUGACAUUGGAGAGUCUAUUGGAGUCUGGUGACAGUAUGAUGUUUGAUCUAGAUGAUACUCCAAAAAAGAGACUGUCAAAUGAAAUAGACGUUGACCAAGAUUUUGAAGCUUCUAACAAAAGGAAAAAGCUCGAUACUGCAGCGUACGAGCAAUUGCUUUCACCAGCAUCAUUGUCACCAUUGUCUACAGACGGCAAUACAAAUACAAACAAUAAUAGCAUUUUAUCAAAGAUAGCUGAAGUAAAAUCAGUCGAUUCUUAUACCAAUGAUUUCACUAUAGAACAGAUCAAGGAAAUGAAGAAAAGAAUUAUCAAUACCCAUAAAUUAUUUUUGAAUUUUAAUCUCCUUAAAGACAGUUACUCAAAAACCUGUGUCGAAUUCAAAAAAGUUUUGAAUAUUUUGAAAGAUAGUGAAAUCCACAGAUCACAUUUGCUGAAGGAAAAUCAAGAACUAACACUCAAGCUAGAUGCUCUGACAAAAUAA